AUGACAGCCACACGCCCAACACAGACCAAACGUUCCUCUUGUGGAAAAACACUCGGCUCAGAGGAGGCGAGAAUCACCGAGCGCUCCCAGGGGGCGGCCCCGACUCCUCCCUCGCACCCCGGGAGGAGCAGCCACACCAACGACGUGCACAGCCGGCUGGAGCAGACCAACGCCGACUCGAGCAAGUGCGUCAACGCCAGCCUGUGUGUGGGCGGCGUGGCUCGGCUCUUUACCAAGGUGCAGCAGAUCCGCCACUCCGAGCCCAACGUGCUGCUGCUAGACGCCGGCGACCAAUACCAGGGCACCAUCUGGUUCACCGUGUACAAAGGCACCGAGGUGGCGCACUUCAUGAACGCCCUGCGCUACGAUGCCAUGGCACUGGGAAAUCAUGAAUUUGAUAAUGGUGUAGACGGACUGAUUGAUCCACUCCUCAAAGAGGCCAAAUUUCCAAUUCUGAGUGCAAACAUUAAAGCAAAGGGGCCGCUAGCAUCUCAAAUAUCAGGACUUUAUUUGCCGUAUAAAAUUAUUUCUGUUGGUAAUGAAGUCGUGGGAAUUGUUGGAUAUACUUCAAAAGAAACCCCUUUGCUCUCAAAUCCAGGAACAAAUUUAGUAUUUGAAGAUGAAAUCACUGCAUUGCAACCUGAAGUAGAUAAGCUAAAAACUCUAAAUGUGAACAAAAUUAUUGCACUGGGACACUCUGGCUUUGAAAUGGAUAAACUCAUCGCUCAGAAAGUGAAGGGUGUGGAUGUCGUGGUGGGAGGACACUCCAACACGUUUCUUUAUACAGGUAAGUGUUUCAAAGGGAUUACAAGGGCCAGGAGUUCCAGAUAAGUUACUUUGUCUCUUUUGCCUUUGUAACUGUUACUUAUUUUUACUGCUGUUUAAGGGUUCAAGGUGACAGGAUUUGAUGUGUAGGUUGCACAGGUAGCAGAACCUGGGACUCUGGGUUUGAGUCCUAACUACUAUGUACUAGGACUGUAAGUGUCCUGGAAACCACAUGGCCUCUGGUGCCCAGGAAAGAAAGCACACACACUCAUCACCCACCUAUCUGCCUC